CAAAUUUCUCUGGUCCAAUCAUAUUUUUGGACAUUUCCUGCUAAGUAAUUCGUUGCUUUGUCGUAAAAUUUCCACUUUUUUCCAGCUUUUGCCUGCAAAGUGUUUGCGUAUAUUCCCCAGAGAAUCUCAAGCUUGCUGAUAGAGCGAAGAUAACUCCUCACUGCUGAACUGAUUCUUGUCGGGUAGGUGGAUUGGUCUCUGUGCUUCUCAUCCUUAACGCUGAAGAAGCCAUUGGAUCAGUAGAUAUGGUUCUAGUUUAAACACAAAACUAAGCUGAACUGUUCCUUAGUUUGAUUGCAUUGUCUCCAUGGGAUUCGGCAUUGAUUCAUCUGUUGCUAUAACGGCACUUGUUAUGGUCAUUCUGGUGGUUCCAAUGGGUUGCCAAAGACCUCAAGUGGUGAACCUCGGUGCUGUUUUUACGUUUGAUUCGGUUAUCGGAAGAGCUGCAAAAGUAGCUCUCGAGGCGGCUGUGUCAGACGUGAACGCUGACACAAGUGUCCUCAAAGAUACGGAGCUGAGGUUAAUCAUGGAGGACUCUUCCUGCAAUGUAUUUCAUGGCUCCUUCGGAGCUUUUGAAGUGCUUGAGAAAGAAGUGGUGGCUAUGAUCGGUCCACUUUCAUCUUCCGUCGCUCACACAUUGUCAGACAUUGCCAAAGGGCUCCAGUUUCCUCUAGUCUCAUUUGCAGCAACUGAUCCAACUCUCUCUGCUCUCCAGUUUCCCUUCUUUCUCCGGACUACACCUAAUGAUGCCCACCAAAUGUCUGCCCUUGUGGAUCUUAUCAGUUUUCAUGGAUGGAAAGAGGUGAUAUCAGUUUACUCAGAUGAUGAGCUCGGAAGAAACGGAGUGUCUGCACUAGAUGAUGAACUGUACAAGAAAAGAUCCAGAAUUUCCUAUAAAGUGCCGCUCUCAGUGCAUUCUGAUGAAAAGUCCGUUGCUGAUGCUUUGAACAAAUCCAAGUCCCUCGGUCCUCGAGUCUAUAUUCUUCAUUUUGGUCCCGACCCUUCGCUCAGAUUUUUUAGUAUAGCGCGAAAGCUGCAGAUGAUGACCAAUGAAUAUGUGUGGCUCGCCACAGACUGGCUCGCAGUUACCUUGGAUUCUUCUUUGAGUGACAAAAGUACUUUAAAACGGCUUGAAGGAGUAGUGGGGCUUCGUCAACACAUCCCAGAAUCUAUAAAGAUGCACCAAUUCACAGAUAAACUGAAGAGCAAUAGAUCGAUGAAUGCCUACGCGUUUCAUGCCUAUGAUACAGUGUGGAUGAUUGCAUAUGGCAUCGAGAAAAUGCUGAAUGACGGAAUCAAUAUAACAUUCUCUUACUCCGAGAAGCUAACUCAAGCACAAGGAACUAAACUGCACCUGGAGAGAGUCAAAAUUUUCAACAGCGGGAAGCUGCUACUUGAGAAGCUUCUGCAGGUGAACUUCACUGGUAUAGCCGGCCAAGUUCAGUUUGGUUCUGGUCGUAAUGUCAUUGGCUGUGACUACGAAAUCAUCAAUGUAGACAAAACCGGUGUUCACACUGUGGGUUUCUGGUCGAAACAUGGAGGUUUUUCGGUUGUAGCCCCAGAAACUCGACAUACACAAAAUAGCAAGUUUGGAUUUGUCUCUGAAGAAAAACUUGGAAACAUAACCUGGCCUGGUGGUGGCCGUAAAAAGCCGCGUGGUUGGGUCAUUGCAGAUUCCGCCAGUCCAUUGAAGAUUGUUAUCCCAAAAAGAGUGAGCUUUGUCGAGUUUGUGACCGAGGAAAAUAACAGUAGCCAUCGGAUCAAAGGAUUAUGCAUCGACAUCUUCACUGAAGCAUUGAAGUUCGUCCCAUACAGUGUUCCUUACAUAUUUGAGUCAUUCGGGGAUGGCCAUUCAAGUCCUAAUUACAACCAGAUGAUUCAAAUGGUCGCGGAUGGUGUAUAUGAGGCAGCUGUUGGGGAUAUUGCAAUAGUCCCAACCAGGUCCAAAUUAGUAGAUUUCUCGCAGCCAUAUGCGUCCACAGGCCUUGUGGUGGUGAUUCCGGCUAACGACGACAAUGCCACUUGGAUCUUUCUAAGACCCUUCACCAUCGGGUUGUGGUGCGUUGUUAUAGCUUCAUUCUUCUGUAUUGCCAUAGUCAUCUGGAUCCUUGAACAUCGGAUCAAUGAAGAUUUCAGAGGGCCACCCCGACGACAACUCAUCACAAUGAUCUUGUUCAGCUUCUCAACUCUUUUCAAGAGAAAUCAGGAAGAUACGAUAAGCAAUUUAGCGAGACUAGUGAUGAUUGUAUGGCUCUUUCUAUUAAUGGUUCUAACCGCGAGCUACACAGCGAAUCUCACCUCAAUCCUCACAGUUCGACAGCUUCCCUCUGCCAUUACCGGCAUUGACAGCUUGCGGGCAAGUGAGGUGCCUGUCGGUUACCAGUCUGGGACGUUCACUUUAGAGUACUUAACCUACAGUCUUGGCAUGGCUCGCUCUAGGCUGGUCCCACUUGAAUCGACUGAGGAGUAUGAAAGGGCUCUAAAGCUAGGACCAACCGCUUUUGGAGGCGUAGCUGCCAUUGUUGACGAGCUCCCUUACAUUGAACUGUUUCUAGCGGAACGGACGGGUUUCAAGAUUGUUGGAGAGCCCUUUAUGCACCGUGGUUGGGGAUUUGCGUUUAAGAGAGAUUCUCCACUGGCGAUAGACAUGUCAACAGCGAUCUUAAAACUCGCCGAGACGAGAAAAAUGCAAGAGAUUCGGAAGAGAUGGUUAUGCAAUACGAGCUGCGCAGAGAAGACAGACUGGAACCCAGAGACAAACCAGCUCCAUCUCAAGAGCUUCAAAGGGUUGUACAUUGUCUGCAUUUCAAUCACGGUCUCUGCAUUUUUGGUAUUUGUUCUCAGGAUGAUACGUCAGUUCGUGCGGUACAGACGGAUGGAGAGGGCAAGUUCGCUGCCGCUCGCUUCUUGGUCGUCUUCUCCUUCGAUGCGGCUAAGGGAAUUGGUGUUUGGUUUCGUGGAGUUUGUGGAUGAGAAAGAAGAAGCUAUCAAGAGAAUGUUUAGAAGGAGUGAUGACUCCAGCGACAACCCAUCCCAUGUUGUGGAAGUUCAACCUGAUUCUGAGGUGCUGGCAGAGAAAGUUUCUUGAGAAACUCUUCUUCUUCUCCGCCAAGCUCUGUCAACGUCGGAGCUCUCUUUACUUAUGAUUCUUUCAUUGGAAGAGCAGCUAAACCUGCGUUUAUGGCGGCCAUUGACGACGUUA